AUGCUGGUGCAACUCUGCCAGUCGAAUACUCCUAUGGGUAUUCUUGCUGCAAGGGGCGGCCACGAGGCCAUUGUUCGUUUGAUCAUUGAGAAGGGAGCGAGUCCAGACAUGGUAGCUCCAGAAGGGUCAACCCUGCUCUCGGUAGCUGCUUGGAAUGGCCAUGUCGCUCUUACAAGGACCUUAUUAGCCUUAGGUGCACGGCAGGAUAACGUAUUACCGCCAAGUCACGCCCUGACAGUUGCGUCCCGCCGGGGUCACAAGAAAGUAGCUGCCAUUCUGCUGCCCGACCUGGAGAACAAUUACAAUGAAGCUUUGGGUGACAUGAUAAAGGUGGAGGCACUCCUUCCAUGGAGCUCUAAACUUCUUUCCGGCGUCCGGGAGACUCCACUAAACACCGCUGCCGAAAAUGGGGAUACAGAUAUACUGUUGUUGCUUCUCAAGCAUGGAGCCGACCCAAACAGAGUUUUGAAUCGGCAUGGGCGAGUAGGCCAUGCUGCGCCUACAAAAGCGGUUUUACACAAUCACGAAGAAGCCGCUCUCAUUCUGGUUCAGCACACGGAGCGUCUCCACUGUACGCGGGCGUUGUCGAUCGCGAUGCAGCAAGAUGACAAAGGAUGGGCAGCGCCUGACUUCAGCCUGUCUGAUCUCGCGGGGCAUUCCGAGGAAGAUGAUUUGACAUAUGAGUGGGUGCAGCCUAUCGUCUACGCGGUUCAAAGCCAGGACACGCGCUUGGUGGAAAUGCUUCUGGACCACGGAGCAAAUGUCAACGUGCAGUGCCCCGGAUGGCCUAAAACAGGAUACGACGUAGUCUACAGUCAUGUUCUCUUCUGGCUGUGGAGAAACAGCGUGAAGCAAUGGUUGAUCUUUUACUUGAGCAUGGCGCAGACCCAAACGUUGUUGAUUUGGCCAAUCAACCUCCCGCUGACCUACGCUAGUUCAUCCGGAAAUGGGUAUAUCAUAAAGUCUCUGCUGGACCAUGGGGCUAACCUGUGCCGAGCAGUAGACAACAUGGGCAAGAGAGUGUUGUCUUACAAGGAAGUUAGCAUAUCCAUUCGGACUAUGUUAGAAGAAGCCGAGAAGAAUUGGUCUGGUGAACCCUAG